AGUUCACCUGCGCACCGAUGGCGGACAUCACUUCCAGCCAGGAAUUUUCAAUUUUCCUUCAGCGAUGGGGAGUGCAUCACAUCAUGUCAAGCCCCCAUUACCCACAGUCCAAUGGGCAUGCAGAGGCUGCUGUGAAGAAAGUCAAGUAUCUGAUCAUGAAGACAGCACCCAACAGGAAUAUUGACUGUGAGGAGUUCGAUAGAGGAUUACUGGAAUUGCGUAACACCCCAAAUUUCGCUGGUCGUUCUCCUGCUCAGAUUCUGUUUGGUAUGCCCUUCCGCUCCUGUGUCCCUGCCCACUAUAGUACCUUCAUGAAGACUGCGACUGUCGUGCUGCAGUACGAGCCAAAACUCUAA